UUUGGCAGUUGUUUAAUGGCGACGACCAGUGACGGGUCGUCCUGUGCAGUUUGACAUCGUAUAUUUAUUUGGAAUACUUUUAGGCAGACUGUUUACGUAAACAUGACGGGAAUAUUGCCUACUUACCAACGAUUUAUAAAUGGCGUUCCCGUGCCGUCCAUAUCGCGACGCUCGUUUCGACUCCGAGAAAAAUAUUUGAUAAUUUCUGUACUUUUGACAUUUGGAAUAGUGUGGCUCGGUGCACUGUUUUAUUUACCAGAGUUUAAGAGUACGACGAGUGUUAACGACAGUGUAUACAAUGUUUAUAAAAGAAUACAGAAAGCGGGCCCAGAGCUCCUCAUGCCACCGCCACUCGCACAAAACGACGUGGGUGAGUUCCCAGUCGUUGGAAUCGUUCGUCAUGGUGAGGAAGGCGACGAUCCCCAUGUCAUCGAAGACAGGAAUCGCCUGAGGGCCAAGAUCGACGAGGACAUGGGCAUGAAAGUAUUGGAAAGACCCCAGUUCGAUGUAGCACCUUCUGUGUCAUCUUCCAAAGGCCCCAGCAAACCUCCAGUAGACGCUAUCGAGGAACCCGCGGCUGGUAAUAAUGCAGCCGGUAGGGACGUAUCACCCUCAGGCCUUAAGAGUAUGAAUGCAGUCAGCAAGUAUGUAAUCCCACCACUCGAUGCAAAUGCAGAUGGCAGCAUACGGAACAAGAGAGAUACAGUAAAACAGAUGAUGCGUCACGCGUGGAACAACUACAAGCUGUACGCGUGGGGCAAGAACGAGCUGAAGCCGAUCUCGAAGCGGGCCCACCUCACCAGCGUGUUCGGAGCCGGGGACCUCGGCGCCACCGUCGUCGACGGCCUCGACACCCUCUACCUCAUGGGGCUGAUGGACGAGUUCCGGGAAGGCCGGGACUGGGUCGCCGAGCACUUCCAUAUCAGCGAAAUUGACUCUGAUCUGUCGGUGUUCGAGACGACUAUCCGCUUCGUGGGCGGCUUCCUGUCGUGCUACGCGCUGACCGGCGACACCAUGUUCCGCGACAAGGCGGCCGAGGUGGCGGAUGCGCUGCUGCCCGCCUUCGACACGCCCACCGGCCUCCCCUACGCGCUCAUCAACCCCUCUAACAAGGCCAGUCACCAGUACCACUGGGCGGGCGCCAACAGCAUCCUGUCGGAGGUAGGCACGCUGCACAUGGAGCUGACGUACCUCAGUGACGUCACAGGAAACGACGUGUACCGACAGAAGGCGCAGCGCAUCCGCGACGUGCUCCACAACAUACAGAAGCCCGACGGCCUCUACCCCAACUACAUCAACCCGCGCACCGGCCAGUGGGGGCAACGUCACAUGUCCCUCGGCGCGCUCGGCGACUCCUUCUACGAGUACCUGCUGAAGGCGUGGCUGGUGUCGAACACCGAGGACGCCCAGGCCCGUGUGAUGUUCGACGAGGCCAUGCAGGCGGCGCUGGACAAGAUGCUGCGCGUGUCCCCGUCCGGCCUCUCCUACCUCGCUGAGCUCAAGUAUGGCAGGAUAUUCGAGGAGAAGAUGGACCAUCUGUCGUGCUUUGCUGGCGGCAUGUUCGCGUUAGCGUCGACGACUCUGGAGAACUCCCAGUCGGAGCGGUACAUGGACGUGGCGCGUAAGCUGACUCACACCUGCCACGAGAGCUACGACCGCGCAGACACCAAGCUCGGCCCUGAGGCGUUCCGGUUCACUGGCGCCGUGGAGGCGCGCGCCAUGAAGAGCAACGAGAAGAUGUACCUGCUGCGGCCCGAGACCUUCGAGAGCUACUUUAUCAUGUGGCGCCUCACCAAGGAGCAGAAGUACCGCGACUGGGGCUGGGACGCCGUCGAGGCGCUAGAAAAGCACUGCCGCGUUGACGGCGGGUACACGGGACUGACCAACGUCUACCACACCUCGCCGCAGGGUGACGACGUGCAGCAGAGCUACUUCCUCGCUGAGACUCUCAAGUAUCUCUACCUGCUGUUCAGCGACGACAGCCUAAUACCACUCGACGAGUGGGUGUUCAACACUGAGGGCCACCCGUUCCCCGUGCGCAGCAAGAACCCUCUGUACCGCGCCUACGAGCCGGACCCCAACGACAACCAGCUAUAGGUGUUCCUGUUCUACGACGACAGCCAACACUACAGGACUUACAACCUCAUUAAUUAUUAUUAAACGUGACCGUCUCGCAAGACCACGGUAAUGUUUUAGUGAAUUUGUGAAGUGAACUAUUUGGUUAGUAACGCUGAAAUUUUUUAUGAAUUGUGAUUAUUUGAAGCGCAUUUUAACAUCUUCGUUGUGAUAACAAACAUAAUAUAUUUGUUAAUAACUUAUUGCUUGAGUUAUUAUGAAUUUAGUGACGCACGGAGAUAAUGAUUGGUGACGUAGUUUUGAAUAAACUUACUGCAUAAUAAUUCCUACUUAUUAACUCAUUAAUAGGAGUAUUCAUUCCUUCUGCGACUCACUAAAAUAUAGUUUAAAAUUGAAUCAAU